AUUGUGAGAAAUAGCGGUACCGGAACGUCGAGUACAUUCGCUGGUGUGGAUCUGAUAGUGCCGAAUGGAUUUGGUAUGGAAUUUUGGCUAGCACUUCAAUACGGUACUGCACACGCAUCUGCAUUACGCGAUCAGAAAAGCACUGAAUUCGAAUCGAAUCGCUUCAAUUUUCCAUCGGACAUUCCAGACUGUGAUGCUGGUAGAUGUGAGGUCAAUGAUGAACGUGAUGAACUCAUUGUGAGCACUUUCAAUCAUUUCAUAGCGAAUGAUCUGUAUUAUGUGAAAUAUAAUGGAUAUUGA